AUGGUGGCCCAGACGGCGUCGAUACUGACGGCGUUGCUCUCGCUCGGCGGUCUGGAGCUGGUUGCAGCUCGAGACGCGGUUGAGGAGCCAACGCUGAAGCCCCGGUUCAUGCCGAAACACAUGAAAAGAUUGAUCAACUACCAAACAUCGGCUGCCCCUGGAGCGUCGUCCAAGGCGCCCGAGACCGUUGAAGUGCCUAGGUCCAACACCAACCUCCUCGAUUCGAUUCUGCAGCCACCCCAAGCAGCCACCACAGCACCAACGGAAACGCCCGAGGUCGUUGUCAUCACCCUGUCCGUCGAUGAGGCGGGCAAGACGCAUACGUUGACGCCAAACCCGACGGGCACUGCCUCUUCCUCGACCGUGACGAGCUCCGUGUUGACCUCGGAGCCAGCCGCGGCCAGCGCCUCAGCGACCACCACGGGCUCGACUACAUCCCAGGCGCCUUCGGACCAGGAGACGACCUCGUCAUCUUCCACGGCAGCUGAAUCGCCAAAGCCCACGGACGCCUCCACGUCGUCGGAGUCCGUGAGCGAGUCUGGCGCCCCAUCGGUGUCCCAGUUAUCGUCCACCUCGACGGCGCCGGCUUCGAACGUGGUUGGAUCGUCGCAGGAACCCGGUACAUCUACCCCAGCGGCGGAGGACACCACUACGGCGUCGUCUUCGAACACAGUCGGAUCCUCGCAGGAAACUGGCACAUCGAGCACGGCCGUCACUCCGUCCACGACAGCCACGACGACCGGGAACGUGCUGAGUGAUCUGGUGAGCAGCCUGUUUGGCGGCUCGUCCAGCUCGGAGAGUGCCAGCUCGGCCCAGGCUACUGAUGUCACGAGCGGAUCGGUCCCGGCCAGCUCAGUGGUGCCGUCUAACUCGGCCACGGGUGCCAGCACCACCGAGGGCACCUCAACGGUCGUGUCGCCCUCGCAGACCGGUGUGACGAGUUCGACCGAGCAGCCAUCGUCGACCCCCGGAUUGGUCAAUUCACUCUUGUCCGGCCUCCUCUCUGGCUCGAGCACGUCCAGUGUCUCGGAGUCGUCUGCGAACCAGACGACCUCAAGCGAGGUGAUCCCAACCGUCUCGGCAGGCUCCUCAGCGACCGGGCCCUCCAGCCAUCCGACGUCCACCGACGUCAUUCCGUCCCAGUCAGCAGUUUCCUCGGUCGUUUCCCCAUCGGCUGCCACAUCCUCCGGCCUGUUGGAUAGUGGACUCUUGCCGACUCUCCUGCCCACGAACACGGGUAAUUCGUCGGAGUCCACCAGCCAGCUCACGUCGAUUGAUGUGAUCCCGACGCCAUCCGGUCUGUUGCCCUCCAUUCUGUCCCCCUCUGCCGCCACCUCCUCCGGAUUGCUGGACACUGGGCUUCCAUCUGGCCUUCUUCCUACACCUACGGCCAGUGGAAGCUCCAUCGAUCUCACGAGCUCUUCGGGUAUUCUGCCGACCAUCUCUAUUAGUAUCCCGCCAGCCACGCCCACGCUCUCCGCCGGCACUUCCUCGGGAGUCAUCCCAGAACCCAGUGGCAUACCCACCAGCGGCGUCAUUCCAGGAGCUUCUGGAUCCAGCGGAUCAACCACAUCCAGCCCGGUCAUCCCAGGAGCAUCCACCGGAACGCAGACCUUCACCCAUGGACCGUCCGGCUCGCUCAUCAGCCCGGGUGUUCCUACAUCGACUAGUGGUGUACUUCCUUCGACUAGCUCGACCGGUUCGACCGGUUCGACUGUCUCCAGUGGCUCGUCUUUGCCCUCGUCUGUCUCGUCGACUCCUCUCAUCGGCUCCUCGAAGCCCACCGACCUGCCCACGAGCCAAAGCAACCCAAUUUCGACAAAUACCCCCACUCCUAUCUCCACCACCCUGACCCCGACGAGCACGGAACAACCCAGCACCACGGAGAAGUCGACGGUCACGACCAAGGUCACUCCAACUCCGGAGCCCACCACGACGAGCGAUGCCACUGACUGGGUUCCAUCGACCAUUCUGGUGGAGCCUCCCAGCCCGACGACGGAAAACACGGCCACCCACACCACGGCGACGACGACGUCCACUCAGACCCAGCUCCCUGGGUCCAUCUCGCCCGGCAACGUUCCCGUCGAACCUCCCGCUGACUCAACCCUGAUUCAGUUGGGAUUCAACGGCAAGCUUCGCUACAGCUUCGUGGCCACGACGCCGCUGUCUUCCUCGCAGAUCUUCCUUUACAUUCCAAUUGCGCUGGAGUACGCCCUGGAGAUUAUCCGAAAGGAGGUAUCCAUGUUGGCGAUCCAGCCCUACGACAACUCGAAGAGCACGGGCUAUAUCGCGACCGUGGCCAUGGCGUACAUCCCCACCGACCAGGUGGAUGGGCUGCAGAAGAUGCUGAACAACCCCAACUCGCGGCUCUACCAGCAGGCCGAUGGCUCCUCCAAGGCUCUGAUGUCAAUGGUCGAUCCGUCCAUUCCUCUAGUGGUGGGUGAGUCUGGAUCCUCCUCGGGCAGCAGUGGAUCCUCCGGCUCGAGUGGGUCCAGCGGCAACACCGGCGGCGACAGCGGCAACAGCGAAUCGGACCCCAACUCGGAUGCGGGAGCCAGCAGCAGCGGCUCGACCCAUGCCAGCUCGGUCGGCAUUGGCGUUGGUGUCGUGGCGGGAGCUGCCGCUUACGGUGCGGGUAUGUUCUGGGUGGCUCGUCGCUACCGCAAGAAGCGUCAAUUGCACCAGCGGUCGAGCUCGAAUGUCGAACAGAUGAGCGAGGGUCGUAACGGUGCGUCUCUGUUCGGAGCGGGUGGCCGUAUGUCGCGCAACAGCAACAACAGUCGCGGCACCGGACGGACACAGAUGAUCAGUGCCCCCGUGAUGGCCGAGAACUCGCUCGGAUGGAAUUAA